AUGGCACUGGUUGUAAUUUGUGGUCAACCAUGCAGUGGAAAAUCUAAAGCUGCAUUAAGUCUAGCUGAAGCUCUUAAACAGUCACCAGAGUUGAAACAUCAAGUGAGAAUCAUCGAUGAAGCUUGUUUUCAUCUCGAUCGGAAUCAAAGUUAUGCGAAUAUGCCAUCGGAGAAGAAUUUAAGAGGAGUUCUUAGGUCAGAAGUCGAUAGGUCUCUGUCAAAAGAUACUAUUAUUAUUGUUGAUUCUUUGAAUAGCAUUAAGGGUUAUCGAUACGAGCUAUGGUGUUUGGCUCGUGCUGCGGGGAUAAGAUACUGUGUUGUUUAUUGUGAUGUUGAAGAUAAUGAUUGUAGAAAAUGGAAUCAAGAGCGUAGGGAGAAUGGUGAAGAUGGUUACGAUGAUGUAAUAUUUGAAGAUUUGGUGAGGAGGUUUGAGAAACCGGAGAGAAGAAACCGGUGGGAUUCGCCUUUGUUUGAGUUGAGAUCUUCUGAUUUUGGUUCUAUUGUAGAUGAUGUUGUUUCUUAUAUUACCAAAAAAGUGGACUCGAAAACACGUGAUGUGAAGAUAUUGCAACCGACAAUUGCAACUCAAACUUCGCGUUUUUCUGAUGCGAAUUCUCUCUAUGAGCUGGAUAAAGCAACGCAAGAGGUUACUAAUGCUAUAGCAGAAGCGCAAUCUCGCGAUCUUGGUAUGUUAUCGGCUAAUGGGAUUUCUAUAGGGAAAGAUUUGCCUCCGAUUAAUCUUUCAAGAUCGGUUGGGUUGCCUGAGCUUCGUAGGUUGCGGCGUACGUUCAUGAAAUUAACAGGGCAAACAAGUUUGAGUGGGAGAGCUCCUCCUUCUGAUUCUGAUAGUGCUAAAAGGAUGUUUAUUGAUUACUUGAAUAGGGAGCUUGGAACUUCAUGA